AUGCUUCUCGUUUCACCUGAUUGCCUCUCCUGUUCUUCUUCUUCUUCUUCAUCGAUGCUCUUCUCUGGCAAUCUUAAACUCUCAUCGGAUCUCUUAUUCGCUAAAAGAAGGAGGACGUUAAACUCGCUAAGUCGAACUCAGACGAGUCGACGACUCUGUAUAGCGAGUAGUCUGAUUACAAGCCCCGACUCAUUCGAAGUUGGGAGACUCAUUGGCAGCUACGGUUUCAUGAACAUUACCAGCUAUUCAUCAGGAGGAGUGGAUUUUGAAUAUUCAGGUGAACAACUGAAAGUCCAAGACGUGGGAGAAGGCAGCGUAAAGAUCAGGCUUUAUGAAGGAAGAAUAGCUCAGGGUUCGCUUAGAGGCACUCCUGUUGUUUUUAAGGUAUAUCCUGGACAACGAACUGGUGGCAUAGAAGCUGAUAUGAUGGCUGCAAAUGAGCUCAAUGCUCAUGCUUCACUUCAGAGCAGCUCAAAAGAUACAUGUCAGAAUCUCCUAAUGCUUGUUGGAGGAUUUGAAACAAAAACUGGGGAACAGUGGCUUGCUUUUCGUAAUGAUGGAAAAUAUAGUGCGGCAGACUAUGCAAAAUUUACAAGUGAAAAAAAUUCAAAAAGCUAUUCGAAUAAGGACAAUUCUUGGAAUCUUUUUGAACGAGAAGAAACCUUCAAGCGCAGAAGAUAUUUUGUUAUCAGGCUACUUCGGGGUGCUAUUACUGGUCUAGCCUACAUGCAUGAUCAUGACAGAUUACACCAGAGCCUUGGACCAUCUUCUAUUGUUCUCAACACUAUAGCAGAGAGAGAAGCUGUUUACUUAGUUCCACGACUUCGAGAUCUAGCCUUUUCUGUUGAUAUUAGGAUUUCAAAUCUAGAAGAUGGCCUUGGGAAACUUUCAGAAGGACUUUGGAGAAGGGCAAUUGCUGCUGGAGCCUUCACACCUAUGGAGAAAAGAGCCUUUGGAAUUGCAGAUGAUAUAUAUGAAGCUGGUCUUCUUCUUGCAUACUUAGCUUUUGUUCCCUUUUGCGAAGCAGGCAUCAUGGAUACUCUGUCUUUGCAAAGACUUAUAGAAAGCACUUUCCGACUCGAUUUUGAAGCUACAAGAGAAUAUUGUUUAGCAGAUGAUCGUUUGGAGGAAGCUGUGAAGUUUCUAGAUCUCAGUGAUCGAGCUGGUUGGCAAUUACUUCAGGCAAUGCUAAAUCCAGAUUUUCGAAAACGACCAAUUGCAGAAGCUGUACUUAACCAUAGAUUCAUGACUGAGGGUGUUGUCUGA